AAGUACAAGUACACUACGUACUACAGUACUAUAUUGCCUUGGCCUGGAUUGAUGGAUCAUUCCCAUUUUUGCCAGCUUUGCUGCUGUUUCACGUCAAUCAUUAUUCUGUGCAUGCCAUAUGUUCAUUUUGUGUCAGUGGGCAAAUUUAGAUCCAGGCAUUCUCUUUUGUGACCGUAUAUUCAGGGGUGUUUAACUCUCAAUCUCAUAUCGGCCAACAUGAUCGCAUUUCAUAAUAUCCCCUGCUCUGGAAAACGAAUGCUAUCGGUGUGGUUUUGUUUGUUUAUCCUCAUCACUGCUAAGAUUUCACAUUCUGCAGCUGCGACUGUUCAAGAUGCAUUCAGACUUGCAACAUACUAUUCAGACCAUAUGGUCCUACAGAGAGGCCCAGACAGUGCAGUUAUAUGGGGAUAUGCUGUCAAAGGUGCACAAAUAACAGUACUCUUCAAAGACACCAAGUACUCCACUACAGCUAAUGCAGCUUCUUUCACUACUGAAGGUGUAUGGCAAGUGACCCUUGACCCCCAACCUCCCAGUGGCCCCUUCACCAUCAAGGUGACCUCAAACAACCAAGGAGUUCAAGAGGUCAUUCAACUUCAAGAUGUUCUCUUUGGAGAUGUUUGGGUUUGCAGUGGACAAAGUAACAUGGCAUUUGAUGUAAAAUCUGCAUUCAAUGGUACUGAGGCUCUUCAGGAGUCCUACCAGUACAAUCUUAUCCGAGUUCUUGCAGUGUCUGAGGUAGAAUCAAAUGUACCGCUCUAUGAUCUUCAAAGUCUUUACCAACCAUGGUCUUUGCCUAAUCCAGAUUCUCUGGGUGGUCAGAAUACCAACUUUGAAUUGUAUUUCUCUGCCGUUUGUUGGUUCUUUGGGCGAGACCUUUACGAACAUCUUAAACACCCUAUUGGUUUGAUUUCUACCAACUGGGGUGGUACGCCUGCGGAAGCAUGGUCAUCUCCUGAAGUGCUUAAAACCUGUAAUAUUUCAUCGCCAGACAGAAAGGAAGACAGUGACAGGUUCGGUAAUCAAGUCAAGUUGAAUAAGACAUCGCCAUCAAGCAUGGAGAAGACCUACAUUGGAAAUGUGUCGCAUCUUGUUGGGGGACCGCAGGGUCAUAGUGUCCUCUGGAAUGCCAUGAUCCACCCACUCCUCAAUAUGAGCAUCAAGGGUGCUAUCUGGUAUCAAGGUGAAGAUAAUGCUGUUCACGGCCCAUCCACCUACAACUGCCUCUUUCCUCAGAUGAUUGUGAGCUGGAGAAAGCAGUGGUAUUCCGGCACUGGAGGAGUCAUGAAUCCACAGUUUCCUUUUGGCUUUGUGCAGCUCUGUAACUCAGAACACCCUGGCAAUGCUAACUUCACUUCUCUACGUUGGCACCAGACUGCAGACUACGGCUAUGUCCCUAAUCCACUCAUGCCAGAUGUCUUCAUGGCAGUAGCCAUUGAUCUACCCGAUCUCAAAUCACCCCAUGGACCUGUGCACCCUCGUGACAAAGAGGACGUGUCCGCUAGACUGCUAUUAGGUGCCCGAGCUGUGGCUUAUGGAGAGAACUACACCACCUUCCAAGGCCCGUUCCCUAGCAACAUCUCCCAUCUUGCCCCAGCUUCUCUCUUGCUUCAGUUCGACCAAGGCAAAGCAAAGCUCAAGAUGAACAAUAAGGAUGGGUUUGAUGUAUGCUGUGCAUCAUCAUUCAAUGAUUGUCCCAUACAAGGCAACACCUCUUGGGUACCAACCAAUAUCAUGAAUCUCUUUGACAAUGCCACUAUCUUCAUUGAAGACCCCUGUCCUAGCCUCUCGAUGGCCGUCAGGUAUAUCUGGGCUGAUCUUCCUUGUCUGUUCAAAGACUGCCCUCUAUAUGAUGCCGUAAGUCAGCUGCCAGUGCCUCCGUUUUUCUUGCCUGUCAAGCGGCCUGAUGAGAAUAAGAGAGCACCGGAAAUAGAAAUCAAUUGAUGGGAUGCGACUUGCCUGGUGGUGUCAUGUCAUAUUCCAAAGGGUAAAACAUGAUUGCAAGUGAAGUUAGAAAUGACCCCCUAUUUGCGACCUUUUGAAGGAUAUUUUCCACCAAAAUAUUAUCACUUUUGGGCUAAAAACGGGUACAAAAUGGGCUCUAAAUUUAACCUUACUUAAAAAUUCACAAAAAUUGCCUUUUUUUUGCGGAAUGUGUCUUAUGCUUUUCGAGUUGAAUGUGCCUCAUUGAAAUAAAUGAACUUUUUGUGUGAAAUUUUAUAGAUCAUUAAAAAAGAAAGUGACCCCUUCUUUUGCAAAAUUUCAAACUAUCAAGCAUACACAAUGUCAAUAUGAAGAGACACCAACAGGUGUGAAAUGUGACAUAUAAUGAUAAUGAUUACAUUUUAAGAAAAUUUUGUAGGAUACUUCUUCUCGUAAGCGCUUUGGGCCGCUCUGGGCCGCUUUGGGAAAAGCGCAGUAUAUAAAUAAUAAUAAUAAUAAUAAUAAUGAAGAUAUGAUAUAUUGUAUGAAAUAAUAUUAUAUGAUCUCCGUGUAUACAAAUGUUUAUCAAAUUCAUGCACAGUACUCUUUUUUUUAGAUGAAUGAUCAGAUUUUAUUAUCUUGAACGCUUUGUAAUAUUAAUGUGAAUUUGAUGUCUGUUAUUUUCUGUUUUUUAAAACAAACUAAGACAGGAAAUUAUUGUAUAUUCUAUGACUACGCUAUUUGCAUGUUCCCUUUGGAGCUAGAUGUACAGUGCAUUCAUAUAUGGUCCAUCAUAUUAAGUCAAUUAUUAGCCUGCUUGUAUUUCCACAAAUAUUUGUAAACCGUGGAAGGGAUUCCACCAAAAACAUUGUCCAUGUUUGUUUCAUAAUGGAGAGAAAUACCACCUUUUAUUUAUAGGUGUCAUAUAGCCUUUUCACACACGGGUAAAAUUCUUUAAAGCUGAUUAG